CAACACAAAAUACAUGACAUAAAAUACGAAUUAGCAGGUCAUCUUUAAUAACUAUCAUUAAUAAUUCUAAGCUACUUAAUACAGAAACUUCGCUGGUCGAGAGGUAACUACAUUAUGUGGACGUCAUCACAGGAAAACUUUAAAUCACACGAUAAUGAAAGCUGAAGCGUUUUUUUCUUGGAGCACCGGAACUGGGAAUAAUUUGCAUAGUUUUCACUCUUUCGUCACAUUUUUGAUGUAAUUGAGCGUCGUAUUCAUGGCUGUAUGGAAUGUCGAUAGUGUUGGCUUCUUGGUAGUCGUUGUGAUUCUGGGCUUUGUGUCCAUUAUAGGCGUUAUGGGCAAUGGCCUGGUGCUAGCCAUUAUUGCAAUUGUCCGUAGAAGUGGUUUCAAGUCUACCGUCCAGCUCUUUAUCGUUCAUCUUGCCAUUUCAGAUUUAUUUGUGUGCAUUCUUUGUAUACCAAUGACCAUAUUUAGCAAUUUCCAUUAUCCAAUCAACGAUGGUAUUGGAGGUAUUGUGCUAUGCAAGAUUGUUCGCUUUGUCCAGUUCGUUGCUCCAACUAUCUCUAUCUCGAUCCUGACUGUCAUUAGUAUCGAUCGUUGGCUCUCAAUAGCAAGACCUAUCCUUUCAAAGGCGCCGAGAAUGUGCAUGUUCCGCCCAUUUUGGCUUAUCACUUUUGCAUGGCUUUUCUCUACCCUCCAGUUUCUACCAACAUUCUACUUCUCUACUCUUGUACCAAUAAACAUAUCCAACACCACAGUGUUCUACUGUACACCAAUACCAAACAAAAGUUUGCCUGGAAAACUUUUCUUGAUGAUUAUUUUCCUGGCAUCAUUUGUCUUUCCUGUAAGUGCUAUGGGCGUGUUGUACACGUGUGUUGCCAGAGCAGUCUGGAAUCGUGGGGACGAUCUUUCAAUGAAAACACAGCAUGACAACACCUCUAAGUAUAUGCAAGACUCCAAGAAGAAAGUAACGCGUACGCUGUUGAUCGUUGUGGCAGUGUUCUUAAUAUGCUGGACGCCAUUUGUUGUUUACACAGGUUUCCUUGAGGAUCGUUUGAAAGGUUUUCCUAAUCCUAUGGAUGCAGUGAGGCUGGGGCUGUACGGUCUUGGCCUUUUUAAUUCCGUCUGUAAUCCGUUUAUUUACUAUUUUAACGGUGUUAACCUUAACCCCAGAGUUCUCAUUGAAAAUGAACGAAAACGUCGCAGCUCAAGUGUUUCGCCAACGUUGUAUAUCAGCAGGAUGAACAGCAUCAAAUCAGCAAGGCGUUCCACGUCUUAUUCAUCCGCUAAAGAUGAGCCCUUGGGAUCUAAGCGCAAUGCCUUUAACAGCACCUGUCCUUCCAUGUCCCCAGACGAUGACGUAGUGUUUAUAUUUACACCUGAUGACGAAAGAACGACUUACAAAGUCACCCAUGUUUAACACGAUACAAAGAAAUGCGGGAUCACAAAAACUACUCAAAAACAUAAGGCUGACAAAAGUAGUUUUACGAACGAUAGUAAGAGAGCCUGAAAAACAUAAGGCUGUC